CACAGACAACAUUCAGCAUCAAGAAGAUCAACAGAGCUGCUGUGAAGCUGAACUCAAGUCACAAUGAACAUCCUCCUCAUCUUCACUUUCUUCAUCAUCUCAGGUGCUGUAAGAUGCAUCGAUGUGAUUGGAUAUCCUGGAGGAAGUGUUCUUGUGAAUUCACGUAAUUCUUGGUGCAAAGGCUGUUUUAAAUACAUGACUAAACUAAACCCGCAGAGAAACAUAAUAAACUAUAAGAAACACGAGCAAUCCGUAAAUGUGGGACGAUUCACCUUGUAUUCCAAUAAACAUGACCAUCUAAUGAUCUUCAUCAGAGAUGUGAACACACAUGAUUCUGGAACAUACCGGAUUGGUGUUGAAAGUAAAUGGUCUUUUGAUAUGAAUCUGAAAGUGAAAGACGAUUCAUGUUGUGGGACGUCACAGAGAGUGAUGGUCAAUACUGGACAAACUUCAAACUUCACCUGUCAAUAUUCACAAGAUUAUAAGACUGAUGACAAGAUCAUAUUUAAAGAAGGAAAAGACGCCCUUGAGACGAUCUACAGCUCAUGGCAUAAAGAUGAGAGAUUCAGUAUUUCUGAUGAUAGAGAUAAAAAUGUCUUCAGUGUGAGAAUAACUGAUGUGAGAUCAGAAGAUGCAGGAGUUCAUUUAUGUGGAGUUUAUCUAAACAAAAUCUCCUACAGUAACUCCAUUCUUACUGCUGUUCAUCUUCACAUUAUGAGGUUUGAAGACGCUCAUUACUUUUGUGUUAAAUAGAAAACCCCUCAAGUUCACAAGAAACAGAGAGAAAACAGAAUGUCAUCCUGUGCGGACAGCAGACGUCAUUCUCUCUCAGAUCUUGUAUCAGCUUCACUUUACUCCAGUGUACAAUUACCCACAAUCCCCUCCUCUGAUGAUGUUCUGUACGCUGCUGUCAGGUUCAACAAGCAUGGAGAUUCUUUCUUUGAUGUUUCAGUCCCCUUCAGUAAGGACGAGAUUGUUACAGGUGAUGCCAUUUUCAGUAGAAAAAGACUUGAUGAACUGUUAUUGAGAGAUCAUCAUUUUUACCAACAUAACCAACAGUUUUUAUCUAAAACACAAUGGUAUUUCACCAGUUGCUUGGCUUACAUUUUUUUGUUUAAUUUGUAAUACAUUUUGGGUAGUUUAAGAUCAUAAAGACGCGUAGCAGCCUGUGGAACAACUGUUUUAAAAUGCUUCUUACAGGGGCUCAUUUUGCUUCUAUAACAUCUUUUAAAUAGCAACACAAGCUAUGUGUUUUAAUUUAAACAUAUGUGCGAAAAGUUUCAGUAUAGUUAUUUGGAAGUGAAACUAUUAAUUGACACUUACAGAAUUGACAUCAAGUUUCCACUGUGAAAUCAGAAACAACGUCAUGUGACACAUAUAUUUCAAUCCCCUAUGUUCAUUUUUACCAUGUGUGGUUAAACGCUUAGAAGAAAAGAAAUGUCAGGAGUCUGUGUUUGUGUUGUUUGAAUGAUUGUGUGACAUUCGUCUUGUGAGCUGUUCACACCCCUCUGAAUAUUCGAAUGUUUAUCUUUCAUCUACUUGACUUUUCUACAUGCCGCAUUUACU